AGAAAAGAUCAAAGGGAGCAAAGAAUAAUAGAGACAGAGAAAAGAAGGUAUGGACACGUGACAUCUUUUAUUUAAUUUUAGAAGAAGAUAGACAUCUCUAACUUUUAAACCCUCUAUAAAUAUUACUCCCGUUCUUUCAUUCAUUCUAUCGAAAAUCGUUCCAUCUGGACCAUUCCUAUCCUUCAAAGCCAUGGCAAAUUAUGUCCUUUCCCUACUACUUCUCUCCUUUGCCCUGUACACGGCUGGCAUGGCAGGUUCUGCCUCAAGCCCCACGGACUUCAUUAAGUCCUCAUGCAAGGCCACUCGGUAUCCUGACUUGUGUGUCCAAUGUCUCUCGGUGUAUGCUCGUGCAAUUCAAAAAAAUGAGCACCAUCUAGCUCUAAGUGCCUUGUCAGUGAGUCUAUCCAGGGCCAGAUCAGCUGCUGCUUUUGUAACCAAGCUAACUAAAGUAAGGGGGAUAAAACCUAGAGAGUAUCAAGCUGUGAAAGAUUGCAUAGAAAAUAUGGGUGAUAGUGUGGAUCGACUUAGUCAGUCAAUCAGGGAGCUUGGUCAUAUGGGGCGAGCUGUUGGUCAAGACUUCGUGUGGCAUAUGAGCAAUGUGCAGACUUGGGUUAGUGCUGCACUAACUGAUGAAAGCACUUGCCUUGAUGGGUUUGCUGGCCGUCCCAUGGAUGGAAAUGUGAAGGUUGCCAUCAAGCGCAGGGUUACCAAUGUUGCUGAAGUCACUAGCAAUGCACUUGCAUUGGUUAAUCACUUUGGGUCUAGACACCUCACGUCUGCAUCUGGUGAAAAGCCUUAGAUUUUUUCUGUGUUGGUGGUUCUUGUGUGAUACGGAUGUUAUACUAUAAGGUUGUUUUCUGCUUGGCCUACUUUGGUCUUCAAGGAUCCAAGCUGGCUAGGUGAUGUAUUAAGUGUAACAUGGACUGUACUACAGUUUGUACCAAGCCCCUGUUUGUCUUGUAUAAUAAUUGUGCCUCUGCUUCUUGUAAAACAGUACUAAGCAUGAGCAAUAUUUCUCUCUUUGGUAUCAA